AUGCCCACACCCUGGACAACCGCACAUUCCAUCAUCGCGGCCCUCGCGAUCUGUGCCGGCUCGUCCUGCUCCCUCGCCGCAUCAGCGAACCUGAUCCAAAGCACCAACCAACCUACCAGCCAAUCCUUCGACGACAUCUCCCUCGCCGUCGAACCCAUCGCCGGGAUCAUCACCCUCGCCGCAGAAUCGGGUUGGGUCUGGAAAUCCGGAAACACCAACCGCAUCGUCCUGGACCGCGAUGUCCGCGUCACCGUCGGAGGCUCAGCACUCAGUGCCCGCAGAGCGGACAUCUGGUUGCGUCCGAUCGACGCAAACACCUACCAGUUCUUCGGGAUCUUUGAGAAACUCACCUCCAACGACGGCUCCUUCAAAGGAGACCGCGUCCCAGUCCGAGCAAUCAUCAACCUCCAAGACACCAUCAAACUCACGCUCGGCGGACAACUCAACGAGCCCCCAAACCGCAAAGACCUCGUCGAGUUCAUGGAGCGCUCACAAGACCUCUACAACCGGCGCUUGCUCCAGCAAGAACCAGCCGAACCCCAACAACAAACCCUCCGCUGGGCGCCCAAAGAACUCCCCCCCUCAACCAUCUCCUCCGCCGAGCAAGUCGCCCGCUCCGAUCGCGUCCUCCCAGUCCCAGAAACCGAUCGCAAAGAAUCCCGCGUCCGCAAGGUCCUCGAGUCCACACUCGGACGCGCCGAACAAGUCGCCCAGCGCACCGAUCCGAUCACCAACGAACCAAUCGCGCCACCAACCCAAGCAAACAGAAGCGAUGAGCGCGACGAGCAAACCGCAUCCACACAACCUACAGCGCCAACCCAACCACCUCCAGACCCCAUCUUCCGAGCUACUGGGAUCUUCUCCAUCGCGAUCGACGGCAAGGUCGUCGUCCAAGGCGCUCAACAAGCAAGCGACACACAACCCGCGCGUCCACCAACCAUCACCGCCGAGGGUGGGGUCACGAUGCAGUACCAGGACCCCGCAUCGCGCCAGACGAUGGACCUGCAAGCCGAGCGAGCCGUGAUCUUCCUGCGUGAAGACACCAACACCACCGCAUCCCCAUCCCAGCUCAACGCAUCGGAAAUCGAAGGCAUCUACCUCGAAGGAGGCGUGUUUGCAGGAAACGCCGACUGGUCCGUCCGUUCACCCAAGAUCUAUGUUGAUCUCGUGCGUGACAAGAUGCUCAUGCUCGACGCCGUGUUCUGGACUGUGGACCAGCGGACCAACAUGCCGUUGUACCUGCGUGCCGACUCCGUGCGUCAGACCUCGCAGGGAGAGUUCGAAGCCGAGAAAGCACGAAUUGCCAACAGCGCGUUCUUCGAGCCCGACCUGAGCAUCGGUGUCUCCAAACUCAAAGUCUCCGUCCGCAACGAGCGUCCACAACCACGUGGACUGCUCGGACUCGUCGGAAGUGUCUCCAGCGGAUUCGGAGACGACGAAUCCGUCGAUGACAUCGAGCCAGGUUCAGACCUCGUCCGGAGAGUCCAUGUCGACGGCAAGAAUGUGACCCUCCGACUCGGAUCCAUCCCCAUCAUGUGGGUCCCACGAGUCAAAGGUGACUCCGACGCAUUCCCGCUCAAAGAAGUCCGCAUCGGAGACACCAACCGCUCAGGACUCGCUUUGCGAACACGCUGGGAUCUCUACUCGCUCUUCGGUGUAGAUCCGAUCCCCAAUGUCAAAGCCAGCCUCCAGCUCGACUACUACGGCGAGCGCGGAUUCGCUUUCGGUGUUAGCAGCAGUUGGAACACCCCAAGACACAGCGGAUCGCUCUACUCCUACCUCCUCCCUUCGGACAACGGCACAGACAUCACCUCCGCAGGACGCAAAAUCCCAAGAGACGACGAAACACGAGGCAUCAUCCAGUUCCACGAUAUCUGGGAACUCCAGGACCCCUGGACACUCGUGACCAAGGGAACCUACAUCUCCGACGAGGCAUUCAUCCCCGCAUUCGAUGAACAACUCGGACGCGAGACCGUGGACUUUGACUCCAUGCUCCGACUCGAGCGCACCGGAGAACGCACGCAGUUCGCGCUGGAACUCUCAGGAAGCCCCAACGACUUCUUCGGCGCUGAGCACUUGCUGCAGAGCCCCGGAUACGCUGUUGACAAGAUCCCCGAAGCGAGCUUCGUUUCAGUUACGCACGAUCCGUUCGAAGAGACCAUGCCCGGCAUCUUCAACUACCAGUUCGAAGCAAGCGUCGGCGCAAUGCGACUUAGGUUCUCAGAACCCACCGCAGCCGAGUACGGCUUCGACACCGUCGGACUCGCGAUGGGCGCGUUCGGAACCGCACCCGGAGUCUCCCUCGCAGACACACAGCGAGCUCUGGGACUCGACGAGGACACCGUCGGACGCUUCGACACUCGACACGAACUCAGCGCCCGCUUCGAUGCCGGUCCGAUCAGACUCACCCCAUUCGUCGCCGGACGCAUCACCGCAUACGACACCUCCUUCGAUACAUUCACCCCGACACAAACCGACGAUGUCCGCUACUGGGGCGCCGCUGGGAUGACCGUCUCCACCACGCUCACCAAGGUGGACGACGAUGCAAGCAGCGACUUCCUCGAUAUACAUCGCAUCCGCCACAUCGUCGAGCCUUCGGUCACCUUUUGGCAAGCCGACUCCGCGUUCGCAGUGGGGGACACACCGAUCUUCGACGAUGAUGUCGAAGGACUCUUGCGUGGUUCGAUGAUCCGUGCCGGAGUCACGCAGACAUGGCAGACCAAACGCGGCGGCCCCGGACGCUGGCGCGACGCCGACAUCCUCAAGAUCAACACCGAGUAUGUGUGGUCGAGCGAUCGUGCCGGAACCACCGUCAUCCCGGACUUCUUCUCCGCUCGUCCCGAACUCUCCAAUCCCGGAACCUACCUCGGAUCAGACAUCGUCUUCUCCCCAACCGAUGUGCUCGCGUUCUCAGGUUCGGUCAUCUUUGAUCUGGACCAGGACCAAACCGCACGAUCCAGCGCCGGAGUCCUCGUCGAGCACCGGCCCGGAUUUGUCAGUUCCAUCGAAUACCGUGACAUCCGUGCCAUCGACGCGACCUAUCUCUUCGGACGCACGAGCUAUGAACUCACUGAGAAGUACACCGUUUCAACAAGCGCGAACUACAACUUCGACCGAGGGGACUUCCAGAACUUCAACGCGAGCCUCAACCGAAACUUCCAGAUCGGGACACUCGGACUCUCCGUCAACUACGACAACAUCCGCUCCGAGACCAGCAUCGGUGUCGUGUUCCGACCAUUCGGCACAUCAGGAAUCGACAGCAACGAUUUCAUCACAGAAUAA